UCAAAGAAAAACUUCACACGAGCAGAAGAAAAAAGAGAGUAAAAGCAAGGGCGCCUACGAAAUGACCGAAUUAUUUUCCCUCUGCGAGGUGAAUGAGCAAGAAGAAAAAUUCAUGGUUGAAGUACAGAUUGAAGGGCAGAAUGUACCCAUGGAAAUUGAUUCUGGAGCAUCGUGCUCAAUUGUGAGUGAAGAAACGUUUCGCUCUAUCGAGGGAAAGCAAAGUAAAAUACCCCUUCGAGAGUCAAGCACAACGCUCGUAACCUGGUCAAAAGAGGCGUUGCCUGUAGUUGGUCGCGCAAGUGUUGUGGUGGAAUUCAAGGGUCGGACGGCAAAGCUGCCUUUGUUGGUAGUGAAGAGAAGCGGUAACAGUUUGCUUGGGCGGAACUGGUUUAGGCCGUUGGGCAUUGGGCUGCAUGGAAUUCAGCAACUGAAUGUUGAAGACGUCACUUCACGAUUUUCUGAGGUGUUUCGCAGUGACCUUCCUGGCUUCAAUGGACCGCCAGUGCACAUCGAACUGAAAGACGAUGCCAAACCAACGUUCCUCAAAAGUCGUACAGUUCCACUAGCACUGAAAGACGAUGUGGCCAAGGAAGUGGACCGCUUGGUGCAACAAGGAGUCUGGGAACCAGUCGAGUACUCCAACUGGGCAACUCCGCUCGUGGUGGGAUCCACCCGAGCCAAAGCAAGACUGACGCCAUCCAGCAAGCGCCAACGCCCACUAGCAAGAAGCAGCUGCAAGCCUUUUUGGGGCUACUGAACUUCUAUAGCAGUUUCCUCAAGGGCAGGACCGGAGCGGCGGAACCUCUAUACCGGCUCCUAGACCACGACCACGAAUGGGAAUGGAAAGGUGAGCACCAACGUGCUUUCGAGAAGCUGAAGAAGCUACUUAGCUCCGAUGCCGUACUUGUUUCUUAUGACCCCGAGCGUCCCUUGAUGCUGUGCUGUGACGCAUCCCCUGUAGGGGUGGGGGCGGUGCUGGCCCAUAAAGCAGCUGACGGGAGGGAGCAACCCAUAGCUUAUGCUUCACGAACUCUAGGCGCAAGUGAGCGUAACUACGCCCAAAUUGACAAGGAGGGUCUAGCAGUCGUCUUCGGGGUAAAAAAAUUUCAUCAGUACCUGGCUGGGCGAGAAUUCACGGUGAUAACAGAUCACAAACCGCUUUUGGGUUUAUUAAACACGGACAAGCGAGUGCCGGAAGUACUGUCACCCAGAAUGCUGCGCUGGAUUUUGUUGUUGUCUGCGUAUAACUAUCGCAUCCAGUACAGGCGAGGUGGGGACAACUCCAACGCUGAUGCACUCAGUCGACUGCCAGCCCUCGGGGACGAGGACGA